AUGCAGUUUCCAUUCGCUUGUCUCCUAUCGACCCUUGUAAUUAGUGGGUCAUUGGCCCGGGCCAGCCCCUUCGACUUUAUAUUCGGCAAUGGAACGCAACAAGCUCAGAGCCAAAGCGAGAGUCAAGGUCAAGUUUCUUUCACCAAUGAAGCUUCUCAGGAUAGUUCCACCACCUCUUUGGUAACAGCCUAUUCUCAAGGUGUUCAUUCGCACCAGUCUGCAACAAUAGUGAGUGCCACAAUCUCUUCCCUCCCAUCUACUUGGUAUGAUGCGAGCUCCACUUCCCAGACUUCUGUGUCAUAUGCCAGUCAAGAAUCCGACUAUGCCGUUAAUCAAAACUCUUGGAGCGCGUCUACUAAUCAACUGCCAUCUACCAGUACGACAAGCUACUAUGCGCCAACCUUCAGUACAUCGGCCGAUUUUGCUGCUUCUAGUGUAAAUGCAGCUUCUGAUGUCUCCACUGCCAGUGUUCCCAUUGAUACGAGUGCUAAUUCUAUCCCUUUCACAACUACAAGUAACAUAGAGACUACAACGAGUGCACCUCUCACUUCGGACACUCCACUUAUUUCCACUAGUACGAUGUCCGCAGCUGAUAACGUAUUUUCGUCAGCAAACCCUAUUUCUGCCUCCCUAACAACCACCGAUAGUUCAGAAAGUUUUGACCAAACUUCGACUGCUGGUGCCAUUCCGGUGCAAAGUUCAGCAGAUUUUAGUAGUUCUAGUGAAAUUUUAGUACAAAGUUCGGCGGAUUUCAGUAGCCCUAGUUCUCCAACUACUACCGAUAUAUCGCUAUCAGCUGCCCCACUGCAAACAAGUGAAUCAAGCAGUUUUACCACUGCAUCAGCAGCUCUACCAGUAAGUUCAACAGACGUUGAUGGCUCAAGCGCCUCACCUGUAGUGAGCAUGAGCGCCGCAGGACAAAUAGCUAGCUCAAGCAGCACAGAUAAUCCAACUAUGUCAGAAACCUUUUCGUUAACAUCUACAGAAGUUGAUGGUUCCGAUGUUUCAUCAACAGUGAGCGCAUUAUUAUCGGCUCCUUUUUUACAAACAAGUACUUCCAACAGUUUCAGCAUUGUUAGCCCAUCGGUAUCUUUUGUUCCAUCACAGAGUUCCUCAGACGUUGCUAGCUCCAGUACUGCAAAUGUAGUUAGUUCAUCCUUUUCUGAUAUUCCACCGCAAACUAGUACCUCAGGGAGCGUAGUUUCGGUAGCGCAAUCCGCAUCUGCCCUCGCAUUUCAAAGUUCAACAGAGGUAUAUGGUGCCAGUGCCUCGAGCACAAUGAGUUCAUUAUUAUCAACUACUUCGCUACAGUCUACUACUUUGGAUAGCUCAAGUUUAGCUAGCUCCUCUGCGUCGAGUUCAGACCUUACAGAUUAUGGCGUCUCCAGUACAGCAAGCAUACCGCUGUUGUCAGCCUCAGAACAAGCAAGUACUUCCAGCAGUUUUAGCGUUGUUAGCCCUUCGGUAUCUUUUGUUCCAUCACAAAGUUCCUCAGAUGUUGCUAGCACCAGUGCUCCAAGUGUAGUUAGUUCAUCCUUUUCUUAUACUUCACUGCAAGCAGGUGGCUCUAGCAUGACCAAUCCCUCUUCAUCAACUAUAGUAUAUUCAAGUAGUACUGGCAGUUCUGAGGAAUCCGCUGCAUCUACAGCUUCUGCAACACUGUCGGGCUCCUCGUCUACUUAUAUGGCAGGAAAUUUGCAAUCACAGCCUCCAUCCACUUCAAGUUUGCUUUCGGAGUCUCAAGCUACAAGCACUUCAGCUGUGCUAGCUAGCAGUUCUGUUUCUACAACUUCACCCUAUACCACUGCAGGUGGUGCAUCUACAGAGGCCUCAUCCCUCAUAUCAUCUACAUCUGCGGAAACUUCCCAGGUAAGUUAUUCACAAAGCACAACUGCAUUGCAAACUUCCUCAUUCGCAUCGUCUUCAACAACAGAAGGAAGUGAAACAUCUAGUCAAGGUUUUUCUACCAGCUCUGUUUUAGUUCAAAUGCCUUCUUCGAUUUCCAGCGAAUUCUCACCCUCUCAGACGACAACUCAAAUGAAUUCUGCAAGCUCAUCAUCUCAGUACACUAUAUCAUCCACUGGUAUACUUUCUCAGGUUUCAGACACAUCGGUGUCUUAUACAACUUCAAGUUCGUCUGUUUCUCAAGUUUCAGACACACCAGUUUCUUAUACAACUUCAAGUUCGUCUGUUUCUCAAGUUUCAGACACACCGGUUUCUUAUACAACUUCAAGUUCGUCUGUUUCUCAAGUUUCAGACACACCAGUUUCUUAUACAACUUCAAGUUCAUCUGUUUCUCAAGUUUCAGACACACCGGUUUCUUAUACAACUUCAAGUUCGUCCGUUUCUCAAGUUUCAGACACGUCAGUACCUUCUACAAGUUCCAGAUCGUCCGUUUCUCAAGUCUCAGACACUCCGGUGCCUUCUACAAGUUCAAGGUCGUCCGUUUCUCAAACAUCUAGCUCACUACAGCCCACCACUACAUCCUCCCAACGUUUCACCAUUUCCACUCAUGGAGCGCUUUCUGAAAGUAGUUCUGUUAGCCAACAAGCUUCUGAGAUUACUAGCUCAAUCAAUGCAACAGCUUCCGAAUACCAUAGCAUCCAGACAACCGCGGCUACUCAAUCCACAACUCUAUCUUUUACCGACGCAAACAGCAGUUCUGCUUCCGCUCCAUUGGAAGUGGCAACGUCUACGCCAACCCCAUCUUCAAAGGCAUCCUCUCUGUUGCUUACACCAUCAACAUCCUCUUUAAGUCAGGUUGCUACAAAUACUAAUGUACAGACGAGUUUAACAACGGAAUCGACGACCGUUUUAGAACCAUCAACGACUAACAGUUCCAGUACGUUUAGUCUGGUCACUUCAAGUGACAACAAUUGGUGGAUUCCAACUGAGUUAAUCACGCAGGCACCAGAAGCUGCAUCCACUGCAUCUUCUACCGUUGGAGGAACACAAACUAUGACUUUGCCCCAUGCAAUUGCAGCCGCGACACAAGUUCCCGAGCCUGAGGGCUACACCCUAAUCACAAUAGGGUUCAAAAAAGCUUUGAACUACGAAUUUGUUGUAUCAGAACCAAAAUCAUCGGCUCAAAUCUUCGGAUACUUGCCUGAAGCUCUGAACACACCUUUUAAGAACGUAUUCACAAACAUUACGGUACUACAAAUAGUGCCAUUACAGGAUGACUCACUCAACUACUUAGUAAGUGUUGCUGAAGUAUACUUUCCAACUGCAGAAAUAGAGGAGCUGUCAAAUCUAAUUACCAACUCUUCAAGCGCUUUUUACACGGAUGGAAUGGGUACAGCAAAAUCUAUGGCUGCAAUGGUUGAUUCCUCAAUACCGCUAACGGGCCUCUUACACGAUAGUAACAGCAACUCUGGCGGAUCUUCGGACGGAUCCUCCUCCAGUAAUUCGAACUCAGGAUCUUCAGGUUCAGGAUCUAAUUCGAACUCCGGUGUGUCUUCAUCUUCCGGAAAUUCCUAUCAAGAUGCCGGUACUUUGGAAUAUUCAUCCAAAUCUAACUCCAACGUAUCCACUUCUAGCAAAUCAAAGAAAAAAAUCAUUGGUUUAGUUAUCGGCGUUGUUGUUGGUGGAUGCUUAUAUAUUUUAUUCAUGAUUUUUGCUUUCAAGUAUAUCAUAAGAAGGCGGAUUCAAAGUCAAGAAAUUAUCAAGAACCCAGAAAUUUCCAGUAUCAGUUCAAGUGAAUUUGGUGGAGAGAAAAAUUACAAUAAUGAAAAGAGAAUGAGCGUUCAAGAAUCCAUAACACAAUCUAUGCGAAUUCAAAAUUGGAUGGAUGAUAGUUACUAUGGUCACGGGUUGACAAAUAAUGACUCAACUCCAACCAGGCACAAUACAUCGAGUUCCAUACCAAAAAUUUCAAGACCAAUUGCUAGCCAAAACUCCCUGGGUUGGAACGAAGUUUGA